GUUGCAAAAAAGUAGGUAGCUAAAUAGUUACUGAUAAAGGGAUAAUGUACGAACUGCGAUUACAACGCAAUUACUUAACUUAGUUGCAUUGCAGCCAAGUGUGCCAAAAUUAGUCGUAAGUGUCGAGCGAUAGUAAUUGACAGCGAAACUGACGAUUUACGAAUUAUUAUCGAUUCGCCAUUAUUAUUAUAUAUUCGAUGAUACGAUCGUUUAAUUUUUCAUCGAAUCGAGACAGGAAAAGCGAACAGAACGUUGGGACGUAAACAAACAGACGUUGGACUCGACUGCGAAUCUGGUAAAUAUACCUCGCGUCCUAGUUUCAAAGAGCAACUCGAUUCGAUCCAAUCAGAUGCGUUUCUCUGGAUCCUUCGUAUCGUGUAAACGACCUUGAACCGCUUGCGUAAUUUCUAAGGGGAUUUUUGUCGAAAACGCGUGGCGCGGGCGCGGGCACGGGCGCACUGUACGCGACGACGUUAUUGUGAAGCAGAAUGGGCGGAUCGAUUAGCGCGGGUGCUGACAACGACGAAAUGAUCGACAAUUUGAUCAAGUCGCGGUACAUCAGGACGAACGUGGUAGAAAAAGUUUUCCGAUCGGUCGAUCGAGCGUUCUACUUCUUGGCGGAAUUUCAGCACACGGCGUACCGAGAUUUAGCGUGGAAGCAAGGAAAUCUGCAUUUAUCGGCUCCUUGCAUUUACAGCGAGGUGCUGGAACACUUGAAACUGGAACCGGGUCACAGUUUUUUGAAUAUUGGCUCCGGCACCGGCUAUCUCAGCACCUUAGCCGGUUUAAUAUUGGGUGCGUACGGUACGAAUCACGGUAUCGAAGUACACGCCGAUGUCGUCGAAUACGCCUACGAAAAGUUGGAGCUGUUCAAAAAGACAUGCAGCGGCGUAGACGUUUUCGAAUUUUGCGAACCUGUAUUCGUUGUAGGUAACGCAUUCAACUUGAACCAAGACCGAAGAUACGACCGUAUUUAUUGCGGCGCAGCUUGCCCGGAAGCUCACCAAGAACAUAUCAAGAAAUUUAUGAAGGUCGGUGGUAUUUUGGUGUUGCCCUGCGAAGAUGAUUUGCUGAAAAUAACUCGAACAUCCGAAGCGACGUGGGAAAUCAGUUCGGUUUUACCGGUAUCUUUUUCGACGUUGCAGUUCGCUGAUAAAAAUACCUGUUCGAUGAUUUCGAUGCCUGAGCCAGAACCUCUUCGUCUGCAAGAAAUUUGCCGAUCGUCGAUUAGAUCGUUGCUGCGUGGUCUCGCCGAAGCCGAAGAACCCGAACUGACGCAGAAACGCAAAUGCAAACAGCGGAGCGGCUCGCGAAAAAUGUGUCACCAAGAGAAUUGCGUAGUUAUUCCGGUAUUCGAAGACGCGACGGGCGUCGAAAACGCCUUCACCAUUCAAAGCUCGCGUUUCGAGAAUUUUCGUCCGAUCGCCUUCGAAAGGUUGAUAAGAAAUUUAACGAGAAACUAUCAAGACGCCAACGACGAUUCCGAUAAUGUAUCGGCGCAUUUGGAUACGCGCGGCGACAACGAAGCGCCGCUGUCGAGCGUGGCAAGCGCGGAAAUUCGACUGCGACCCGAACGAGAGGGUGACAUCGCCGACGAUUCCGAAGCAUUGGAACGCGUGUGCAACGCUGAAACUAACAGCAGCAGCAGCAGCAGCACUGACCACCGGUGUAGCGAUUUUAUCGACGAUAAUUGUAACGAUGACAGUUGUCAGAAUGCUGUCGCCGAUGAUACUGGUCGCGGUCGCUCUCUCCAAAAUGACGAAGAAAAUAUCGCGAGUAACAGAAGCGUAGAUAAUUUUUGCGCCAGCGGCAGCGGCAGCGGCAGUAGCUGCGAUGUCGGUGCUAAAAGCCAAAGUAGCGACCGUAUCAACGAUAACAAAGACGACAAAGAAAACGACGACGACGAAUACCGCGUCGUGCGGGAACAGAAUCGUUGUAGCGACGACGUUGAAAAAAGAAGCGAUUUAAACAACACCGUGCCAGAUGUCACCGACGAAACCAGCAGCGUGGCGAGCGCAACCGUGUCGUCCAGACCGCGUCACAUCGCCAUCAAAUUGAGAAAAGGCCGAUUCGCGACCAAAAUCAAAGCCACCAAAAAACAUUGUUCGCUGGUUAGACAUCACGAUUCGCAUCGUAACGCUCGCAAAGAAGCGGCGGCGGCAGCGUCGGACGAGGGCGAAGAAUCUACCAGCGAUGGCGAUCGUCAACCGAAAAAGCUGAUGAAACGAGAGAAAUUAGACAGCGGUAUCAGCGAAGAAAGCGACGACGGCAAAUUUUCGGCGGCCAGCAACGAAUCGUCCUUUGCCGAGUCUACCAACAACGAUGAAAUGGAAAUCGAUAGCGACCAAGAUUCCGACUUUACCGAAGAUUCGUCUUGCCAAGACGAAGACGAAGACGAAAACGAAGACGAAGAGGACGGUUCGGAUGUCGAGGCAGCCGGUUCGGCCGAUUCUUCUUCCAGUUCCAUAUCGCUGAAAUACCGCGCGUGCGUGGAAAGAAAAAUUCAAUCGUUGCCCUUGCCUAAUGCCAUGAAAUUUUACCUCAAUUACAAUAGAGAUUUUCUCUCGUCGUCGCCGCCGCCGCCGCCGCCGUCGUCAUCAUCAUCGGUUUGAUUGGAACGCGUAAUUAUCGACUCGCCCUUGCCAUUAUCCAACCUCUAAUGGACGAUAUUACGCGAGUCGGAAUAUCGACAAAAUUGUUUUUUCUUUCGUUUUUGUUUUUUUCGUUACAGCGUCGUUCCGUCGUUUCUCGGAACAAAUUCAAUUUGGUUUUGUAAAUGUAUCGUAAUUAUGUCUAAGCGAUUGUACGUCAUUACGCGUUGAGAAAUGAAUCGAGUGUUUGAAAUUCGGUUUUUAUUAUUUGUUUCCCCCUUAAUUUGGGUAUUUUAUUCGUUAAUAAUGCAUAGUGUAAGUCUACGCAGUAGAAAUUGAAUCCGGCGGCGUUUUCGUGAAAACGAAAUAUUUCGGUAACUACUGUUGGUGUUCUUUUCUCGAAGGUACCUACGUAAUUUUUUAUUUGCUCCGAAAUACGACGUGAAACGUCGAUUAUUCGAAUUAAUCGGAGCCGAAGAAACGAUUAUGUUUAGUUCUGUCGAAAAAAAUCGAAUGCGCGGAAAGAGAAGAGUACCUUACCUACAUACCUAAUAACGAAAUGAAAUAUUUGCGUGUACGACCCGCGAGUGUAGUGUAUUAUUCGUGUAGGUACUUUCCUUCCGCUUACCUGCGGCGACGUACAAACAGCCGAGUUUCAAUCGGAAAAAACUAAAAAAGUUGACUAAUAUCGAACGUGGCCAGGUCAUCGUAGUGUACGAGUUGGCAUUGAUGCGAAUUUCCGCCAACAUUCGAAUACUCGAACGUCGGAGAAUUUAUGUUUCAAAAUUCUCUUCUUUUAGUAGUGGGAAAUGGGAAUCCGGCACCUUUUAACUUUAACCGAUCAGCAAUUUUGUGCUUUCGCGUUGACGCGUCUCCGAGAAUGUAAAUACGUACAAAUAGGCUAAAUAAACGAAAACGACCGAUGCAUUUAUCGAGUUGAAAUAACGCUCGCGCCGCGCCGCGCUGCGCUGUUGAUCCGCGUUGAUACGAAAAUUUUGUAAUUAGCGAUUUACGCAUGUCGCAUAUACGAGUUUACGUUAGUCCGCAAUUUUACGCGUAUAAUUUAUACAUACCAUACAUACCUAUUACCUAUUAUUUACCUACAUAAUACAUAUGUAUAAUCUUGAAAGUUAAGCAUCGUUUUGAAAUUUUUUGCAUUAUUAAAAUACUACCCACGUA